GCCGAUCUGUCUCUGCCGAUCCGCUUCUGUCAAUCUGCGUUGCCAGGCCUUCGACAUGCUGUUCAACCGGGCUGCUUGCCUCGCCACCGCCCGUCCUGCUAUCCCCGCUCAGGCUCGCUUCCUGUCCAAGUUCCACACCUCAUCGUCGCUCAUGGUCCGGUCGCUCGAUGCGCAGGAGCGCCAGCAGCAUCUGGCCCCGCUGCUCUCGGCUGGAUGGUCCCUCGUCGAGUCGCGGGAUGCCAUCCACAAGUCGUUUCAGUUCAAGGACUUUAACGAGGCCUGGGGAUUCAUGACUCGUAUUGCUAUCCAAGCCGACAAGAUGGACCAUCAUCCGGAGUGGUUCAACGUCUACAACAAAGUCGACAUCACUCUGUCCACCCACGACGCUCCUGGCCUGAGCGAGCGGGAUAUCAAGCUCGCCAAGUUUAUUGAUGCGCUCACGAAAUGAAACGCGAUGGAGCCAUGGGACAUUCGAGCGAGACUCUCCAAUACAGACAUCGGCUUUGAGUA